UGCAAAGUUAAAGGGAACUAUGAGGCGUUUGAAAGCCGCCCGGCAUCACCAACUUCCGGUGUUUCGGAGUUGAUUUCCCAGCAUUCCCCGCUCCACUUCCUUCUCUUCUACCUUCUGUCUUUCAGUGAAGACAGAAAAACCGCUAUCAUGGCUGCACUCAGACCGCUUACCAGGCCUAAGAUCGUCAAGAAAAGAACCAAGAAGUUCAUCAGGCAUCAGUCAGAUCGUUAUGUUAAGAUCAGGAGCAACUGGAGAAAGCCACGAGGUAUUGAUAACCGGGUCCGAAGGCGCUUCAAGGGUCAGAUGCUGAUGCCCAACAUCGGUUAUGGUAGCAACAAGAAGACCAAGCACAUGCUGCCAUCUGGCUUCAAGAAGUUUCUGGUGCACAAUAUCAAAGAGCUCGAAGUCCUCAUGAUGAGCAACAAGAGCUACUGUGCAGAGAUUGCCCACAACGUCUCCUCAAAGAACAGGAAGCUGAUUGUGGAGCGAGCGGCUCAGUUGGCCAUCAAGGUCACAAACCCGAACGCAAGACUCCGCAGCGAGGAGAACGAAUAAUCUGCCCAUAUGUUUUCAAUAAAGCUAAAAAUCUGAAAAACCA